AUGUGUGGCCGGAUCUCGUCGAAUGAGCUGCAACUUGAGAGCUGGCGUCAUUUCUGCGAUGAAACGGAGGACCGUCUUGAACACGCCCAAUCCCUUCAACUCUUGAAGCUCUGUCUCAAGACGUACUUCACGUUCGACGGGACAAUCUACGAACUGGUGAAGGGCACACCAAUGGGUUCGCCGAUUUCGGGAUUCAUCGUCGAGGCGGUCCUGCAACGGUUAGAGUCGCUGGUCUUCCAACACCGCAGACCGAAAUUCUGGGCCCGGUAUGUGGAUAAUACCUUCGUCGUCAUCGAACGGGAUCAGGUGUUAACAUUCCAGGAACAGCUCAACGCCGUCUGCCCGGACAUUCAAUUUACGAUGGAGGAGGAAGAGAACAACCAGCUAGCCUUCCUGGAUGUCCUCGUAUGCCGCAAGGAUUGUGGUGGACUAAAGACCAAAGUGUUCAAGAAAGCGACAAAUACGAUGCAAGUACUGAACUUCAACAGUAACCACCCAAUCAGCCACAAACGCAAUUUUGUAAGGACGCUCUAUCGGCGUGUCGAAGUGCACUGCAUUAAGCCGGAAGACAAAAUUGCUGAACUACAAUACCUCCGACGGGUCUUCAAAGCCAAUGGCUACCCGCGCAACUUGGUCGACCGGUGCAUACGCAAAAGGGACGAAAGGCCUAGCCGCACGGACACCAAGUCUUGGCGGGCACUUCCGUAUGUCAAGAACGUUUCGGAAGCUGUCGGCCGCCUUCUCGCACCACUUGGGGUUGGAGUGGCACACAGACCGGAGGCAACCAUCAGGCGUCUGAUCAUGAAACCGAAAGACCCACUGCCACGGCUAGAAACGUCUGGAGUCGUUUAUCGGAUCUGGUGCAGUUGCAGGCAAAGCAACUACGUCGGAGAAACCAGAUGA